CCCACCACAGGAGACUGGGGGGAUGUUCCACCAUCCUGGAUUUACAGCCAUUUCAAGGAUAUUUGAGGACAAACACGACAUUGUUAUUCACUGUUUUUCGGUGGGAUUUCUUACCAACACUGACACCAGAGGAGGAGCAGGCUGUCAUCCGGAAAACAGAAGUUUGUAAGUCCACAUGAUUCAACGCUAGUUUCACCUGAGUGGCUGAAGAUUCAAGGAACUCAAAAUGGAUCCGAACCUGUUUGGAGGAGCCCCCAGAUUUCUUACUCGCCCAAAGGCAUUCUCAGUGUGUGCAGGCAAAGAUGCCACACUCAGCUGUACCAUCGUGGGCAAUCCCACCCCUCUGAUCACCUGGGAGAAAGAUAAGCUGAAGCUGACAUCUGGGGGCCGCUUCAAGAGAGUGGAGGAUGGCGAUGUGUAUCGUUUGACCAUCUACAAUCCAACUCUGGAGGAUAGCGGACAGUACAUAUGCCGGGCCAAGAACAGUGUAGGGGAGGCUUAUGCUGCUGUAACCAUCAAAGUGGCCUUGCCAAAAGAGAUGCCUCAGAGGGCCCCCGUUUUCACAUUGAAGCCGACUUCUACACGUGUGGGUUUGGGUAGGGAUGUUGUUUUCCAGUGCCGGGUUGUGGCUUUCCCUGAGGCUAACUUUGAGUGGGAAAAGGAUGGGCGCUACCUGGGGGAGACAAACCGCAUCAGAGUUGUUUCUGACACUGACAGCAGCACCUUGAAGAUCCAAAGUGUACGAAACCUGGACAGCGGCACCUACACCUGCAGGGCCCAGAACACCGUUGGCCGCGCACAUGCUGCAGCAGCUCUCGUCGUCGAUGCCCAGGAUGCCCACUAUCUGGCUUCAGACAAGGACACUUCUCGUCUCACUCACCUACAAAAGCGCAAGGAGGAGAUGAAUAAGGACAUCUCAAUCUAUCGUACUGAAGAAAGCUCUUCAUUUUCCUCCUCCAAGGCUAACAUCUCAGAUAGUUUGAGCUCUCUGAGUCUGGAGCAUGGGCUGAGGGCAUCUGUGCUCGCAAAGCUGCCCAAAGGUGUCUUCACUCGUACCUGCACAGUGACUGAGGGCAAGCAUGCCAAACUCAGCUGCUUUGUGACAGGUCACCCCAAACCUCACAUUAUCUGGAGGAAGGACGGAAUAAACAUCAGCGAGGGCCGUAGGCAUGUCAUUUAUGAGGACCAAGCUGAGAACUUCAUCCUCAAGGUCUUGUACUGCAAGCAAACUGACAAUGGUCUCUACACUUGCAAUGCAACCAAUAUGGCGGGGCAGACCUACAGUGCUGUGUUGGUAACAGUCAAAGAGCCUAAGGUGCCAUUCAGGAGGAAGCUGCAAGAUGUUGAAGUGCAAGAGAAAACAUCAGCCAUACUGAUGUGUGAGGUGCCUCUCACUAUCACUCACGCCAACUGGUUCAUGGAGGAAACAAUGCUUGAGCAAAGUACCAAAUAUCGAAUGGAGGAGGAGGGCACCUUGCGACGUCUCACCAUCCACAAUGUCACCAUGAACGAUGAUGGGGUCUACAUCUGUGAAAUGAAAGAAGGCAGCCGCACUGUGGCUGAGCUCACUGUCCUGGGCAAUAUUACCAAGAAGCUCCCCCGGCGGACGGUAGUUCCUGUCAGUGACACUGUCAUUUUUUGUGUGGAGCUGGAGCAUCCCUACUCAGACGCCUACUGGACCCGCAAUGGGGAGAAGCUGAAAGAAGAUUCCCGGAUUUCCAUUGCCUGUAUGCUAAGACAGUACACCCUCACCAUCAGAGAGUGCCAGGCAGAUGACUCAGGAGAAGUGGCCUUUGUGGCUGGAGACUGCAAGACUUCCACGCGAUUCACUGUCACUGCUGCAAGGAAGCAUCCCCCCGAUCCCCCAGUUGAUGCUGUGGUGCAUAACAAGACUGACUCAUCCAUCACCAUUCAGUGGUCUCCACCUGAAAGUGAUCGUCCUGUGCCAAUUAAGAGUUAUAUUGUAGAAAGAAGGAAAAUUGGCACUCAGACAUGGCAGAGGUGCAAUGCUGGGGAGACCCUAAUUUCCACAGAGAUCACCAUCUCCAACUUCAAAGAAGAAGCCACCUACCAAUUCCGUAUCUCCGCAAUGAAUGAUUUUGGCCAGAGUCCCUACCUGGAGGUGCCUGGAAGCUUCUACCUUGAACCGACAGCAGAAAUCAGGAAAGGCCUGAAUAACAGCACUGCAUUCUCUGGCGAGGAGUUCUCUGUCUCUGUGGAGCUGUCUGCUGUUUGUUCCGGGUUCUGGUCUCUAAAUGGCCGCCUCCUGCGCAGUGGAGCUGAUUACCUCAUCACCAGGUCCAAGACCACACACACUCUGCUCAUCCGUGUCGUGACCAUGGAAAUGAACGGAACUGAAAUCAAGUUUGUGGGCGGAGGUUCACAAAGCAGUUGUAUCAUGUCUGUGAAAGCUCCUCCUGUUAGGUUCACUAACAAGUCAGAUGUGAUGGAGGUGGUGACAUGCAAGGCCCAAGCCUCUGCUCAGCUGACCGCUGAAGUGUCAGAUUACGAUACGCAGGUGGUUUGGAUGAAGAAUGGGCGAGAGUUGAAAAUGGGCAAGAAGUAUGAAUACGUCAUCACCGAUCACAAGAGAAUCUUGAUGGUGCACAAUGUCACAGAGGAAGAUGUGGGCAUCUACGAGUGUGUUUUAGCUGACGACAAGAUGUCCCUGCAGCUCUCUCUUAAAGAUGAACCUGCCAAGUUUCUGAACAAAGCCAGAGGUCCCAUGGGAGCGUCAACGUCCCUUAAAGGAGAUCUGGAACUAAGCUGUGAGGUGUCUCCUGCAAGCGCUACUGUUGUGUGGAGAAAAGAUCAGGUAGAGAUCACUGAGGACCAAAGAACUACCUUCAUCUCCAAAGGGACUCAAAGGAAACUCAUCAUCAAGAAUGCCAAGAAAAUCGAUGAAGGACAUUACUCCUGUGAGACAGCAGCAGACAAAAUCACAUUCCAGGUCAAGAUAAAAGAAACUCAAGCCUUGGCGGCCUUCUCCAACAAGGAGUCAGUCCAGACGGAGGUGAAAGCCACUCUUUCCCAGAAAGCAACUCUUAGUUGCGGUGUGUCGGAUAGCAAAACAGAGGUGAAGUGGUACAAAGAUGGAAAGCUGUUGAUUUCCAGCAGGACCAUAUACUCAGAAGUAAAAGGCAACACUCGUCAGCUGGUGAUUGAAAAAGUUGAAAAGAGUGAUGCAGGAGAAUAUACCUGUGAAGCUGGAUGUGAUAAGUUGGUUUUCAAGUUAUCUGUCUCAGAGGCCCAGUCAGCCUUCAUCAACAAAGAGUCAGUUCACUGGGAGGUGAAAUCCAUUCUCUCCCAGAAAGCUAUUUUAAGCUGUGAAGUAGCUGAUACCAAAACCGAAGUGAAAUGGUAUAAGGAUGGCACGCUCCUCACUUCCAGUAGGACAAUCCAUGCAGAAUCGAAGGGCAAGAGUCGCCAGCUGGUUUUUGAUAGCGUGGAGAAGAAAGAUGUCGGAGAGUACAUCUGUGAGGCAGGGACAGAGAAGUUAGCUUUUAAGAUUCAUGUGACAGAGCCCCAGUCUUAUUUCUUCAGCAAAGAGUCAGUCCAGAAGGAGGUGAAAGCCACUAUCUCCCAGAAGGCUUCUCUGAGCUGUGAGGUCUCUGAUUCAAAGACAGAGGUGAAAUGGUACAAGGAUGGCAAGGUCCUCACUUCUACCAGGGCAAUCCAUGUAGAGUCGAAGGGAAAGAGUCGCCAGCUGGUGAUUGACAGUGUUGAGAAGAAGGAUGCUGGAGAGUAUAUCUGUGAGGUUGGGACAGAGAAGUUGAUCUUCAAACUCCAGGUGGCAGACACACAGAUUCAGUCUGCAUUCUCUAAAAAGGAGUCUGUCCAAAAGGAGGUGAAAACCACUCUCUCCCAGAAAACCACACUGAGCUGUGAGGUAGCUGAUACCAAGACAGAAGUGAAAUGGUAUAAGGAUGGCAAGCUACUCACCUCCAGCAAGACAAUCCAUGCUGAGUCUAAGGGCAAGAGUCACCAGCUGGUGAUAGACAGUGUGCAGAAGAAGGAUGCAGGAGAUUACAUUUGUGAGGCUGGGACUGAGAAGCUCGGUUUUACGAUUCACGUGACAGAGAUUCAGGCCAAGCCGGCCUUCUCCAACAAGGAAUCCAUCCAAAAGGAGGUGAAAGCUACUCUCUCCCAGAAAGCCACGAUGAGCUGUGAGGUAGCUGAUACCAGCACAGAGGUGAAAUGGUACAAGGAUGGCAAGCUGCUCCCCUCCACCAAGACAAUCCAUGCAGAGUCUAAGGGCAAGAGCCGCCAGCUGGUGGUUGAAAAAAUUGAGAAGAAAGAUGCUGGAGAGUACAUAUGCGAGGCUGGUACAGAGAAGCUGGUAUUCAAGCUUCAGGUGACAGAUGGAGCUGUCAAGUUCCAGAAGAGGCCUGUCAAAGACACAUGCACUGUUCAAGCAAGUGAACUGAUAGUUUUGACCACUGAGCUGACCACAGAGAGUGGUAGUGUAAAGUGGUAUAGAGAUGGUGUGGAGGUCAAGGAGGGCAACAAGUAUGAAAUGAAAAAAGAUGGACACUCUCGUUCCCUGAUAGUAAAAUCCACUGAAAGUAAAGACAGUGGUACAUAUACCUGUCAGACAGCUGAUGACAAACUGGAUUUCAAAGUACAGGUUAAAGAUUCAGCUUUGAAGUUUGUUGUCCCCUUGAAAUCUGUUGAAGUGGAGUUGGGGGGCACACUCAGCCUGAUGUGUGAACUAAAUCAAGCCUCAGGGGAUGUUGUCUGGCACCAUGAUGGUCAUGAAAUUAAACCUGGAGGCAGGUACUGUGUCAGGACUGAUGGUACCAAGCGAGUCCUCACUGUGAGUGCCAUGGCUAAGGAGGAUGAUGGAGAAUACAGCUGUGAAUGUCGAAAUGAUAAGACCUCUGCCAAAAUCUCCUCAAAAGCACCCAGAGUUGUAAGGUUGACCACCAAACUGAACAAUGUGGCUGCAGUGGAAGGAAAACAAGCCAUUUUCAAGUGCUCAGUCACCCCAGCAGAUCUCAGUGUGAAAUGGUUCCACAACAAUAUACCCAUCACUGCUGGACCCAAGUAUAAGCUUGAGCAUGGUGGCAACACUUACUCACUCACCAUCAUGUCUGUCACCCAGAAAGAUGCUGGAGAGAUUAGCAUUGAUGCAGAAGGCAAAAGCUGUAAAGCUACUUUACAAGUCCAACAUGAGCCUGUUACAUUUAAGAAAAAGCUGGAAAACCUGACAGUAGAGGAGCAGAGUGAAGUGAAGCUGGAGGUGGAGCUCAGUAAGGUAUCCGAUGAAGUGAAGUGGAUGAAGAACAGCGUCGUGCUGCAGCCUGCUGGAAACCUGGAGAUUCGAGUGAAUGGAGCCAAACAGGCGCUGGUCUUCAAGAGUGUGACUUAUGCUGACCGUGGCAUCUACUCCUGUGAAACUCUGGAUGACAAGACCCAGGCUAAACUCAGCGUAGAGAUGAAGAAGAUUCAGGUGGUAAAGGGCCUUAAAGAAACUAAGUCAUAUGAGACGGAGACAGUAACACUUGAGGUCGAACUUAGCCAGGCUGAUGUUGAAGGCUCGUGGACAAGAGACGGGGCCAGAUUAAAGUCAGGGGCGAACUGCAGAAUCACAGCUCUGGGGAAGAAGCAUGCACUCACAUUGUCCAAUCUCAAGAGAGAAGAUGCAGGAAUAAUUGCCUUUCAAGCAGAUGGUAUCCAUACAUCUGGCAAAUUGAUUGUCACAGAGCCGCCUGCCAUGAUCUCCAAGCCCAUUAUGGAUAUCAGUGUUCCCGAGAAGGAGAAGGGUACUUUUGAAUGUGAAGUGUCCAGAACAAAUGCAGAUGUUAAAUGGUUCAAGGGUGACGUGGAACUGAAACCAGGGAAAAGCAUAAGCAUCCACACCUUGGGCCGAAAGCGCACUUUGGUCAUCAACAAAUGCUCCCCUGAAGAUACAGGCACUUAUAUCUGUCGCACCACUGAUGACAACACCUCGGCCAAGCUCACCGUUAAUGCCCGAGAUAUCAAGAUAAUAAAGAAACUGGAGAAUGUGGAGGUGAUGGAGAAGGAGAGUGCUGCAUUUGUCUGUGAAAUCUCACAUGAUGAAGUGGACUGCCAGUGGUACAAAGGAAGUACUAAACUCAAAGUCAGUGACAACAUUAAGAUGAGACAAGAGGGCAGAAACUAUGUACUGCUGUUCAAGUCUGUCUCCCCAGAGGACACGGGCGAUAUUAAAUUCACAGCUGAGAAGGCCUCUUCAACUGCAAAACUCAAAGUUAAAGAGCUGCCUGUCACGUUUGUGAAGAAACUCAGGGAUAAGAUAGCGAUGUAUAAGCAUCGUGGUUAUCUUGAAUGCCAAGUGUCACGUGCCAGUGCAAAAGUGAAGUGGUACAAGAACAAGGCCGAAAUUAAACCCAGCAAGAAGUAUGAGAUCACAAGUGAGGAUAUCUACCGAAAACUCACCAUCAACGAUGUGGAUGCCGGGGAUGAGGACACAUAUACCUGUGAUGCCACUGACGACAAAACAUCAUGUAAACUGCUUGUAGAAGAGCAGUCCAUCAGCAUUGUGCGGGAGCUUAGUUCAGUAGAAGUGACAGAACCCUUUGCAGCUGUUUUUGAAGCUGAGAUCAGCGUGGAACUGGUAAAACCUCCUACAUGGACUCUGAAUGGAGUUGCUGUGCAGGAGAGUGCUGAUGCAGAAAUGGAGAGAGAGGGCAUGAUGCACCGUCUCACUUUCAAAAAGACCAAAGCAUCAAUGACGGGACCUGUACAAUUUACAGCUGGGAAGAGCAAAUCUCUUGCCCAACUCACAGUAAAAGAGCGCCCACUUGAGAUUGCAGAGCCCAUCAAGGACGUGAAAGCAAAGGAGAAAAGUGCAGCCCUGUUCAGCUGCAAGUUUUCUGCAUCUCCAAAAGAGGUUACAUGGUUUAAAGGCCAGGUUCCUCUGGCAGCAUCAGACAAGUAUAACAUGAAGCAAGACGGUACAAGGGCUCAACUCACCAUUCAAAACCUAACAGAGGAAGACAGUGGAGAGUACCGCUGUCUGUCCGGACCUGCAGAGACCAAAGGCAAACUUACUGUUGAAGUGCGUGAAAUUAAAAUCACCAAGCACUUGGCAGACACAGAGGUUGAUGAAGACAACGAUGCAGUGUUUGUGUGUGAGAUUAACUAUGCAGAUGAGGAGGCACAGUGGUUCCUGAAGGAUAAGGUGCUCUUCACCAAUGAAGUCAACACCAUCACUCAUGAGGGGAAGGUUCAUAAGCUCAUGCUGAAGAACUUGGCACCACAGGAUGGGGGCACUAUCACUUUUAAAGUACGCAAGGUUAAAGAGUCUGUUACACUCAAGGUUAAAGAGAAGCGUGCUGUCUUCCUCAAGUCUCUAGACGAUGUCAUAGGUGAGGAAAAAGGUAUGAUAACUCUGGCGUGUGAGGCGUCCAAGCCCAGAGUUUCUCCCACAUGGAGAAAAGAGGGUAAAGUCUUGAAGGCGGGGCCAAAGUAUGAGCUCCUUCACACAGGAAAGUCUUUGGGACUGAUCAUCAAGGAUGUCACCAAAGACGACGCUGGGGAAUACAUGUGUGAUCUGGGGACUGAAGUUUCUAAAGCAAAGGUCACUGUAAGAGAGAUAGGUAUUGGAAUCACCAAGUGGCUGAAGCCAGCUGAGGUGAAUGAGGGAGAGACAUGCAGCUUUGAGUGCAUCCUGUCUCGUGAGAACACUGACGAGUGCUCCUGGACUCUUAAUGGCCAAUCCAUUUCAAAUGGAGGCCGUUACAAAGUCACCAGCAAAGGCCGCAAGUACAUGCUAACAAUUAAGGAUGUCACCCCAUCUGAUGCCGGUGAGGUGGUCUUCAACAUUAAAGACUUGAGCUCCAAAACCACAUUAACAGUGGAAGGCAGAGCUUCAUCUGUGUCCAAAGGACUACAAAAUGUUAGUGCUGUUCAAGGAGAAGAUGCUGUAUUUACCUGUGAGGUAACACAGGCUAGCUACACUGUAAGGUGGGCAAAGGAAGACAAAGCCAUCAAAAAGAGCCAGAAGUAUGCCAUCAGCCAAGAAGAUAAGGUCAUGAAGCUCACCAUUCAUGAUGUCUCUGCUCAAGACUCUGGAGAGUACAUCUGUGAAGUCGUUGGAGGUGCAACAACCAAAGCCCAACUGGAAGUCAAAGAUCCCAUCCAUAAAUUCAUUAAACCAUUAAAAGACAGCCAGGCGGAUGAGAAAAGUUGCGUGACUUUGCAGUGCGAGACGGCUCAAAUCCCAUCCACAGUGAUAUGGCUUAAAGGUCACACAGAGCUCAAGUCAGGAGGGCGAUAUGAGAUGUCCCAGAAAGACGGGUCCUUAACGCUCACCAUCAGACACUUGGAGGAGGAAGACACUGAUAUCUACACUUGUGAUGUCGUCACUGCAAAGAGCAUGGCAAAGGUGACAGUCAAAGCAUUGCCACCGACCUUCACACAGAGCCUGAAGAACCAAGAAGCAGAGGAGGAAGCCAGUGUUACUUUGAGCUGUGAGCUCUCUAAAGCUGGAGUCCCAGUGGAGUGGAGGAAGGGAUCACAGGUCCUGAAGUCUGGAGAAAAGUAUCAGAUGAAGCAGAAGGCAUCUAUGAAUGAACUUCUCAUCAACAAGGUGUUGCCAGAAGACAGUGGAGACUACAGCUGUGUGUGUGGAGACCAGAAGACCACAGCAAGCCUCAAGGUCAAGGCCCAACCAGUGACCUUCAAACAGAAGUUGGAGAGCCAGGAAGCAGAAGAGGGAACCAGUGUUACCCUGCGCUGUGAGCUCACUAAAGAUGGAGUCCCAGUGGAGUGGAAGAAGGGAUCACAGGUUCUGAAGUCUGGAGAAAAGUACCAGAUGAAGCAGAAAGCCUCUGUGAAUGAACUCAUCAUCAACAAGGUGUUGCCAGAAGACAGCGGAGACUACAGCUGUGUGUGUGGAGACCAGAAGACCACAGCCACCCUCAAGAUCAAGGCCCAACCAGUAAUCUUCAAAAAGAAGUUGGAGAGCCAGGAAGCAGAGGAGGGAGCUGACAUUACUCUGAGCUGUGAGCUCUCUAAAGAUGGAGUCCCAGUGGAGUGGAAGAAGGGAGCACAGGUGCUGAAGUCUGGAGAAAAGUACCAGAUGAGGCAGAGAGCAUCUGUGAAUGAACUCAUCAUCAACAAGGUGUUGCCAGAAGACAGUGAAGACUACAGCUGUGUGUGUGGAGACCAGAAAACAACAGCAAACCUCAAAGUCAAGGCCCAACCAGUAAUCUUCAAAAGGAAGUUGGAGAGCCAGGAAGCAGAGGAGGGAGUCAACAUCACUAUGAGCUGUGAGCUCUCUAAAGCUGGAGUCCCAGUGGAGUGGAAGAAGGGAUCACAGGUCCUGAAGUCUGGAGAAAAGUACCAGAUGAAGCAGAAGGCCUCUGCGAAUGAACUUCUCAUCAACAAGGUGUUGCCAGAAGACAGUGGAGACUACAGCUGUGUGUAUGGAGACCAGAAGACCACAGCCAGUUUGAAGGUCAAGGCCCAACCAGUGACCUUCAAACAGAAGUUGGAGAGCCAGGAAGCAGAGGAGGGAACCAGUGUUACUCUGCGCUGUGAGCUCACUAAAGAUGGAGUCCCAGUGGAGUGGAAGAAGGGAGCACAGGUGCUGAAGUCUGGAGAAAAGUACCAGAUGAGGCAGAGAGCAUCUGUGAAUGAACUCAUCAUCAACAGGGUGGUACCAGAAGACAGCGGAGACUACAGCUGUGUGUGUGGAGACCAGAAGACCACAGCCAGCCUCAAGAUCAAGGCCCAACCAGUGACCUUCAAACAGAAGUUGGAAAGCCAGGAAGCAGAAGAGGGAACCAGUGUCACUCUGCGCUGUGAGCUCACUAAAGAUGGAGUCCCAGUGGAGUGGAAGAAGGGAUCACAGGUUCUGAAGUCUGGAGAAAACCGCCAGAUGAGGCAGAGAGCAUCUGUGAAUGAACUCAUCAUCAACAAGGUGGUACCAGAAGACAGCGGAGACUACAGCUGUGUGUGCGGUGAUCAAAAGACUGUAGCCAGCCUCAAGAUCAAGGCCCAACCAGUGACGUUCAAACAGAAGUUGGAGAGCCAAGAAGCAGAGGAGGGAACCAGUGUCACUCUGUCCUGUGAGCUCACUAAACCUGGUGUUCCAGUAGAGUGGAAGAAGGGAGCACAGUUGCUGAAAUCUGGAGAAAAGUACCAGAUGAAGCAGAAAGCCUCUGUGAGUGAACUCCUCAUUAACAAGGUGGUGCCAGAAGACACUGGAGACUACAACUGUGUGUGUGGAGACCAGAAGACCACAGCCAGCCUCAAGAUCAUGGCUGCAAAGCUGUCAGCUCCUCUUUCACCUGCUAAACUGGAAACGACAAGGCAGGACACCAAGGAAACAAUGGGAGCCAAGACCAUUGAAGUUUCAACCAUAGCUGUUAAAGACAAGCACACAUCCAUGCAAGAGAUACAUGAAAAAGUAGAAGUGGUGACUCUACAAACUACAGGACAGACUCCUCAACAUCAGCUCCUUCUACAGGAGAGUCACAGAGAUUCACAGGAAGUUAAGAAGACUGAUGCUGCAGUAUCUAUGAAGCAGUGGGCCACAGGGACAUUUAAAGCAGAGAUGUCAACAGAUUCAGCAGUGACCUUCAAACUUCCACCUGAGGAGCAGGAAUCCAAAAAGAGGGUUGAAGCCCAGCCUGUCCUUUUUAAAACCCUGCUGCAGAACCUUGAAAGACAGGCAGGGGAGAUAGCUACUCUCUGCUGUGAGACCACAAAACCAGGGGCUAUUGUGGUCUGGAGACGUGGUGACAGUGUGCUGGAAUCCAGUAGCAAGUAUCACCUGAAACAGGAAGGGACGGUAGCCGAGCUUGUCAUCUACAAACUACAGGCUGCAGACUCAGGAGAAUACUCCUGUGAUACAGGCAGCCAGAGGACGUCAGCUGUUCUCACUGUGCGGGAGGCCGAGAUUAGCAUUCUGAAAUUCUUGGAGAGCUGUGUUGUCUUCGAGGGUGAAGAUGUCCACUUUGAGUGUCAGGUUUCUCACAAGGAAGCACCUUCGGCCCAGUGGAAGCUUCAGGGGGUCCCACUACAGAAUAAUGAGAUGAACCUGAUCAAGACUGAGGGCCAAAUACACAGCCUCACACUCAGAGGUGUCACCACAGCUGACUCAGGAACAGUCACUUUCACAGUGGAAAACCACACUUCCACUGCUUCUCUUACAGUCAGAGCUGCUCCUGUGUCAUUCAAGAAGGAGCUAGAAAAUCAAGAGGCCAUUGAAGGAGGUAAAGCCAGCCUGUCCUGCGAGACAUCCAGUCCUGAUUGCAAGGUAAUCUGGCGAAAGGGAUCGUCUGUGCUCACCAGUGGGGAGAAGUACACUAUUGAGCAGCGAGCUACCACCCACACCCUGGUUAUACACAAGCUGAAUGUGGAGGACAGGGGGGAGUAUAUCAGCGAUACGGGAGACAAGAAAAGCACUGCAACACUCACUGUGAAAGAGCAUGUGCGCAUCAUCCGGGAACUCUGCGAUAUCACUGUUACCACCGGGCAAGAUGCAGUCUUUGAGGUUGAGCUGUCACAUUCAGGCGUGACAAAUGGAGAAUGGUGGCUUGGAGACAACCUGCUCCAAAAUAAUGACCUGAAUCAAAUGAGCAGCCAGGGCCGAGUGCACCGUCUGGUCCUGAAGAUGGUAACCACAGAUGAAUCAGGGGAUGUUGCCUUCGUAGUUGGAGAAGAGAAGAGUGUGGCCUGCCUGCUGGUGGAGGAGAAACCCAAAGUGCUAAUAAUAGAGAGACCACAAAACACUGUGGCAUUAGAAGAUGAAACUGUCACUCUGGCCUGUACCAUCUCCGACCCCAAGGCCACUGUCACCUGGAUGAGAAAUAACGUUGCCAUUCAAGCAGGUCUCAAAUAUGACCUGAAGAAGAGUGGAGCAUCCCAUCAGCUUCAUAUCUACCAUGUGGUACCUGAAGAUUCAGGAGUGUACACCUGUGACACUGGAGAUGCACAGUGUGAGGUCACCUUGACUGUGAAAGGUAUGCCAGUGUCCUUCCGGAAAGAACUAAUGAACCAGGAUGCCAUAGAGGGUGAUGAUAUUACCCUUCACUGUGAGCUGACUAAGCCAGGUGUUCGUGUUGAAUGGAGGAAAGGAGGCAUGAUCCUCCAGCCCAAUAAGAAGUAUGAGAUGAGGCAGGAAGGGUGUGUUCGAAAGCUCUGUAUAAAUAACGCGGAGCCUGACGACAGUGGCUACUACACCUGUGACGCAGGAGAUCAGCUCACUACAGCUUCUUUGGCAGUGCAAGUGAAAGAAGUCUACAUUGUUUCUGGUCUUAAGGCCACCGACGUCUUUGUUGGGGAAUGGGCAACUUUCUCCUGCCAGCUGUCUGGUAGAGCACCUGGCAAGGUGUAUUGGUGGCUGGAUGGCACCUUGCUGGAGAACAGCCCUUUAAGUGAGAUAGGGAUGAGCCAAGGCCACAUCUACACACUCACCUUAAAGAACCUGGCCACAGAUGACUCUGGCACUGUCACAUUCAAAACUGACAAUUUAUCAUCAACCGCCAAGCUCUUAGUCAAAGAUCCCACAGUUGAAGUGGUGAGCGAGAUGGAGGACCUUUGUGUGGUCGAGAACCAACCGGCUGAGUUCAUCUGCCAGUACUCAAGACCAGUCAGGGCUCAGUGGAAGAAAGACGGGCAGCCAUUGCUGCCUGAUGGCCGAAGGGUGGUAGUGGAGCAGGACUGGAAUGUGGCUCGCUUGUACAUUAGCUGUGUGUCCGCUGAGGACAGAGGCACAUACUCCUGUGAGGCAGAGGGGACCUGUGUGUUUGCUUCACUUAAUGUGGAAGGCAAACCUAUUAACAUCGUUCAGGGCCUGGAGAAUGCAGAAACCUUUGAUGGAGGCGAAGCCCUGUUUGAGUGUGCCUUGUCUCGUCCUGAGAGCAAAGAUUUCCACUGGCUUCUUGAUGGCAAACCAGUGAUGGAAUCUCCCAAUGCUGAGAUCGUGACAUUUGAGAGUGGUCGUCGUCAUCUGCUCCUUCUUAAAGAGUUGCAUGUUCAUGACAGUUGUACAGUGACAUUUAAAGCUGGCACAGCAUCCACAUCUGCCCAGCUCUCAGUCAAGGGAUGGAAGCUGGAUGUUGUUAAGGGUCUGGAAGACAAAGUGGCUGCUGUGGGAGAGAAGGUUGAGUUUUGUGUUGAGCUGACGGAGCCCAUACCAUCUACAGAAGUAGCUUGGUAUGCAAAUGGAGUUGAGCUUAAGCCCAGCGAUCUCUGGUCUAUGAGGGUUGAUGGUUGCUCUUAUCGCCUUGUCCUGAGAAAGGCACCACUUUUGCCCCAGCAGGAAAUUACAUUCGCUGCUCGAGAUGCUCUCUCUUUGGCUAAGCUUUCCAUCAUUGCUGUACCUGAUCCUCCAGAGGACCCAGAGGUCCUCAGUAAGACUAAAAAUUCUGUUAACCUCUCUUGGUUCACUCCACUACAUGAUGGAGGGAGUCCCAUUCUUGGCUACAAGGUGGAGAUGCGACUGGUAGACAGUGGUCUCUGGCUUCCAUGCCAUUCAGAACUUGUGUGCAACACAGAGUUUGUGGUUGAAAAUCUUAGCCCCGGGAGUAGCUACAGGUUUAGAGUAGCAGCCGUCAACAGAGCUGGGACUGGAGAGCCCGUUGAGUUGCCUCAGACUGUGCAGCUCGAACCAGCUGUGCAGCCACAAAUUGUCUCAGGUAUAAAGACAAAACAGGUACAAACAGAGGCACUGGGACAGCCCAGUCUGCCUCCAGAAGCUGUUGAAGAGGGUGAUGUCCAUGAACUAUGGGAGGAGUCGGCUAAAAAACGGCGCAUGAGUCAAGAGCCCACUUUGGACUCCAUCACUGAACAACCUGAAGAGGGCGCUAAACGUGGUCAAACAAAAUCAGAACAGAAGGAAGUAAAGUCCUCAGAUGAAGCUGAAAUAAAAUCUAGAGAGAAGGAGCAAGUCACUGUGCCUGCGAAGCAGACUGAAUCUAAAGUGUGUGUCAGCUCAGAGGAUGAAUCUGUCCUGGGAGGCUCAUCACUUGUGUCCUAUCUCAAGAAGAGCAGCAAAUCUUCUGUCACUACGGCCACUGAAGGAGAGACAAUGACCCCUGAGAGGUUCUUUGCACAUUUCCAGAUGGCAGAGGAGAGAACAGUGCAUCAGACUGAAGUGAAAACAGCCACAAUUCAGCAGACAGAUACGAAACAGGUAUCUAAAGAGGAGACUGACGUAAUGGUAAUCAGUAAAGAAGAUGAGCCUGAUCUCAGAGAUGCUGCCAUUAAAAUUCAAGCUGCUUUUAAGGGUUACAAGGCCCGCAAGGACAUGCGACCUGUCUUCAAAGAUGUUUUCAAAGACCAGACCAAAGAACCAGGUGGCACAAUACAUCUGGAAUGUGUGGUAGAAGGUAAACCUGAAAAGGUGCGUUGGCUAAAGGAUGGAGAACCACUAACAGAUGGCAAGCACCACCAUAUUGAUAUUUAUAAUGAUGGUACUUGCUCACUGGUCAUCACUGCCAUCACCACAAAGGAUACUGGAGUUUACACUUGUGAAGUUACCAACAAGUUUGGAGUUGCCUCACACAGUGGUAAGGUGACAGUAGGAACAGUGAGAGAAUCAUCUAAACAACGGCCACUGACAGUGGGCUAUAGUGCUGACAGUGAGCCAGAGAGCUCCUCAGGCAGUGAAAUGGAUGAGUCACUGAGGCAGGCAAGCAAACGUCUGCGACGUCUGUUGCACACACGUCUCCCACCAAAUGUUGAAGAAGAACCAUUUAUCAGUGCAGAUGAAGGAGACCUGCGUCCCCCAGAUCCACAUUCUUACCGUGAGGAUGACAGUUACAUAUACAUUCGCUUUGAUACACGGACUGAUGCUGUAGUUGCCUCUAAGAGGUUCCAAGAGAUGUUUACAAUUCAUGGGGUUCCUGUAGAGACAGCCAUCCUGGAGGCAGGGCCUCUUAAAGUGGAGCUGCGUAUUAAAAAGAUGGGCUAUAUCCAAGAUGGCACACAGACCCCCACACAAGACAGACAACCUCCUGCUUUCAUGGCUGGACCCCACGCUGCUCCAGUCUUCUUGACAGAGCUACAAAGCCAGGAGGUUCCAGAUGGCAAUCCAGUCAGUUUUGACUGUGUUGUGAUUGGCAAGCCCCCUCCAACUGUUCGGUGGUAUAAGGAUGGCAAAGUGCUGGAGGAAAAUGACCAUUACAUGAUCAAUGAAGACCUGGAGGGUUGCCACCAACUGAUCAUUACCACUGUGCUGCCCAUUGACAUGGGUGUCUAUCGCUGCACAGCUGAAAACAGCAGUGGCAUCGCAGCCACUAAGGCUGAACUCAGGGUUGACAUGUCUUGUAGCUCAGAUUAUGACACUGCUGCUGAUGCCACUGAGACCUCUUCCUAUGUCAGUGCCAAAGGCUACAUGUCCAGGGAAACUGAGACAUUUGAGUCUGUGACUGAAGAUGAUCAGCUACCACAAGUUGUAGAAGAGCUUUGUGAUGUUCAUGUAUGUCCAGGGUCACCUAUUGCUAAAAUGCAACUCAAGGUUAAGGGCUUCCCCAAACCCAGAUUAUACUGGUUUAAGGAUGGCCUGCCUCUGCGGCCCUCAAACAGGAUCCUGUUACUGUCAGAAAGAGAUUAUCACAGCUUGGAGAUUCUGGAGGUGAAGAGAGAAGAUAUGGGGGAGUACUCUGCUUACAUCAGCAAUGCAGCCGGUUCUGCUUACUCCUCUGCCAGACUCAUAGUUCUGAGUCCUGGGGAGAAAUUGCCACAAGACAAGAAAGACUCCAAGGAACCUCUGGUGCCUCCACGCUUCCUUGAAAGGUUCAGCAACAGGAAGGUGAAACAAGGAACAAGCAUCACUCUGUCUGUCAAAGUUGAAGGGUCUCCCACUCCUAUGGUGUCCUGGCUAAAGGAGGAAUCUUUGGAGGAUGUCCUGUGGAUCAAGCCUGAUACCAAGGGAUACAAAAUAGCAAGCUCUGGACGCCAGCACAGUCUCAUCCUGAUGGAUGUGGGCACAGAGUACACUGGCGCCUACACCUGUAUAGCUACAAACAGAGCAGGACAGUCCAUCUGCACUGCACACCUUGAGGUGGAUGACACACAACAACUGAAGAAAGAGGCUAAAGCUUCAGAGGUUCUUGGUAUCACAGUUAGUCCUCCAGAAGGGGAGGGUAGCAGCACAAAAGAGGGUAAAAUGCCCUACAUAGGUGAAGUAGGUACAGAGGAAUUCCUCAUGAAACUCACCUCCCAGAUCACUGAAAUCGUAUCGGCCAAGAUCAGCCAGGACAGCUUACAGAAUUAUGAAGUGCUCCAGUGGAUGAAAUCUUGGCCCAAAACUACCAGUAUGUAUUCCAUCGCUUCACUACGUGUACCUGGGGUUGACAGCGAUGACGAGACCAAGACUCCUUCUCCAUCACCUCAUCACGGUCGCUCUCGCCCUCCCUCCCUCAUAGCUGACUCCUCCUCAGAGUCUGAUGAGGGGGACGCCAGGGGGGAGAUGUUUGACAUCUAUGUGGCCACAGCUGACUACAACCCCACCAUAGCGAGCAAAGAGUCUAUUUCUCUGAAGGAGGGACAGUAUGUUGAGGUUUUGGACUCGGCUCAUCCACUCAAAUGGUUAGUCCGGACCAAACCGACCAAAAUGACUCCAUCUCGCCAAGGCUGGGUCUCACCUGCCUACUUGGACAAGAAACUCAAACUCUCAGCUGAUGCAGGUGACCUUCCAGAGACAAGUGCAGAGGAGGUGUCAGAGGGUGAAUACAAAAGGAAACUAUUCCAACUGAUCCAGGAACUGAUGAAUGGUGAAUCAGAGUUUGUAAAGGAGAUGAACUUCUUCACCUCCCAUCACAUGAAGCACGCAGACAGCCCUGACACACCACCUGAUGUCAGUAGCCAAAAAGAAACUAUUUUCAGGAACAUUGAUGACAUCAAGUCCUUCCACAGCAAGGCAUUCCUCCCAAAGUUACACGACUGUGACACAGAUGAUGAUGUAGCCAUGUGUUUCCUGAAGAACAAGGACGGCUUUGAGCAGUAUCUCCAGUAUCUUGUUAGUCAGGGUCAGGCAGAAUCUGCUGUCGGUGACAAGGCAGUCCAUCGCUUCUUCAAGGAGUACACUGAGAAAGAACAGGCUGUCGCAGACCCUGCUGAUCCCCCUGUACGUAGCAUCAACGCCUACAUCCAACAACCGCUGGAGAGAAUUCAGAAGUACAAGGCUUUCCUCAAGGAGCUCAUUCGAAACAAGGCGAGGAACGGUCAGAACUGCUGCCUCCUGGAAGAAGCUUAUGCAAUGAUGUCUGCGCUCCCUCAGCGCUCGGAGAACACCCACCAUGUCUCCAUGAUCGAGAACUAUCCCGCCACACUGGAAGUACUUGGAGAGCCAGUAAGACAGGGACCCUUCCAAGUGUGGGAGGGAGCUCCGGGAAUUAGGUCCUCUAGAGGUCACCACCGCCACGCCUUCCUCUUUAAGAACUACUGUAUAAUCUGCAAACCCAAGAGAGACAGCAACACUGAUACACAAGCAUAUGUCUUUAAGAACAUGAUGAAGCUGAACGACAUUGACGUGAACGAGACAGUGGAGGGCGAUGACCGCGCCUUUGAAAUCUGGCAUGAGCGCGAGGACUCGGUGAGGAAAUAUACUUUGCAGGCUCGAACUGUCACCAUCAAGAACUCCUGGCUGAGAGACUUCAGAGAACUGCAGCAGCGAUUCAGCAUGCCUGCGUGGAGUCCCCCUGACUUUGAUGAAAUUCUGGCAAACUGCACUGCAGAGCUGGGACAGACUGUAAAACUGGCCUGCAAAGUUACUGGAGUACCCAAACCUACAGUCACCUGGUACAAAGAUGGACGUGCAGUGGAGGCAGAUCCUCAUCACAUCGUCAUUGAGGAUCCUGAUGGUUCUUGCACACUGAUCCUGGACAACAUGACAGCAGAUGAUUCUGGCCAGUACAUGUGCUUUGCCACAAGCUCAGCUGGCAACGCUAGCACUCUCGGAAAGAUCACUGUUCAAGUGCCUCCUCGUUUUGUGAAUAAAAUGAGGAACGCUAUCUUUUUUGCUGGUGAGGAUGCACAGUUUACCUGUGUCAUACAGAGCGCCCCCAGCCCCAAGAUCAGGUGGUUCAAAGAUGGCAGACUUCUGACUGACCAAGAAAAAUAUCAGACCUACAGCGAGCUCCGUAGCGGGGUUCUGGUCUUGGUAAUAAAAAACCUGACAGAGAGAGACUUGGGACACUAUGAGUGUGAGCUGUCAAAUCGUCUGGGCAGUGCCAAGUGUGCUGCUGAUUUAGUCCUACCCUCUGCUGUGGCCCGAACUGGUGAACAGGCCAUCACUAUUGAAGUUACUGAGCAGGAGACAAGAAUACCAAAGAAAACCAUCAUCAUUGAGGAGACAAUAACCACUGUGGUGAAGAACCCUCGUAUGAGGAGGCACAGAUCCCCCGGUUUGACUCUUGUUGGGACCCACCGCUCUGAGACUUCCACCCCAGAGCCCCCGUCUGUCCGGGUAAGGAGGGUUCCCACUCCACGGAAGACAACCAUUCCUACCCUUUAUGUUACUCAUGCUGAGGGUGCUGAAGCCAGAGUCAUAGAAAGCAAGCCCCGGUGGGUUGAGGUCGAAGAGGUCAUUGAGUACAAGGUGAAUAAAUCUCCCAGGCUCCCCAGGAGGAGAGGCGUCUCACCUGCAGUGUCUGAUCGCGUAGCCACUCCAUCCAGACCUAAAAGGUCUCCACCUGAAAACCCCAAUGCUAACAAUUCCAACAACAAGCUGGUGGAGCAGGCUCAGGCUGAGCUGCAGGCAGACGUCAGCAGUCAGCCCCUCUCCUGGGAAGAAGUGGAGGGUAAUGCUAGCUCAGGUUCUUCAGCUGCAGAGCCACAAGAGCUCUCAACUGACCUCACUCCAGCUGGAGAGGACAGCGACGACCUGGACGAUCAACAAACAGUCAUCUUUGAACCCGAUGAUGAGGAUAACGAUCUCGAUUUGUUCAGAAAGCAGGAACCAAAGGUCCUGAAACACGGAGACCGUGUUUUGACCCUCGAGGACCUGGAGGAUUACGUACCAGAAGAAGGAGAGACCUACGGCUCGUCCAGUGUUGCUGCUGAAAAGCCAUGCGAGAUCUCUGUGUUGCAGCGGGAGAUCGGCGGCUCCACUGUGGGACAGCCGGUGCUUCUCAACGUGGGGCGGCCUGUUGCUCCGCCGAGGCAGAGGAGCAGCUUCUUCGGCCGCUUCAAGGACCAUCUCGCCAGUAACCUUCUCUCCUCCACUGUCACCCCAGUCAGCGGAACGCAGUCCAGGGUGGAGAGGCGCGUCCCGAUCCAAGUGAGCCACGCCAACCUAGAAGUGAAGCCUUCAUACUGCUCAGAGGUGCAGAGAGGUGAGGGCAGGCAGCAGAGCUUUAAAACCAAAGUGUCAACUCAGACCUACGGCUACACAUCAGUGGGAAACCCAGUCACCCUUCAAAUUAGAGAUCAGAAUUAUCAGAACCAGUAGAAACGACAGUUUUUAAAUUUGAUACCACAAACCAUCUUAGUCUUAAACAGACAUUUCUACUUGCAUAAUGAAAAAAAAGCAGACGUAUAUUUACUGCAUUUGACUGACCAUUCCACUUUGAAUCUUCCUGUCAGAAAAUAAGCUCACCCUCUUUUUUUUGGUCAAAUGGAUUUGACUGGUCGAGGUGACAACUGCCAUACGUAUACACCUAUACAAUGUGGCCGUGAUGGACAGAAGCUAAGAAACUAUGGUUUAACAUUUCACUGAUAAUGAGCUUGAUAAUAUAAUGAAUUAUACCACCCGAUCCAUACAUUAUCCUCACUGACAACUAUUUAUAAUCGAAUAGGUUUAGAGUAGAUUUUCUGGUUUUAAUUGCCUUUUGCACUUUUGCAGUGCUUUGGUCAAGCGUUAACUCACUACUAAUGUAGUCAUGAUGACAUGUUUUCAGUAUUACUCAUUUAAUUUAUUUAAAUAUGCGACACUGAUAGUGGAAAAUUGACCGCAGCAGUGUGCUGACUGGGCUGUUGCUCUAAGCUUAACAGUCAAAUUAUCAUCAAACAAUGAAUUGCUUGGUGAGCAGCUUUAUGACAUUUCUACAAGCAAAUCAUUUAGUUGAGCCUACAACCUCUCUCUCGUCAGAUCUCUGACGGUGCCCGACUGCCCGUUUACAGAUGUCUUGCAAAUUAAUUGUGACAUCUGUUGAUUGCAGUGCGAUGACCUGUGCACUCACAGGGACUUUCAUAUGUAUGUGAUAAGAUUAUUUAGACGAGUGACUGCAUGUGUUUGCUUUCCCCAAAGCAAAUGGGGUUUAUCUGAAGUGAUGUGACCUGUUGCGUCAUGUUUGAUUUUAAGCAAAUGUUUGAGCUAAGUGUUGAGGCUCACAGAAUUUUACUACCUUUUCAAUGCAAUUUAAAGAAGAGUGGCUCUAGCAAGUGCCUCUUUAAAUGACGUGUGGUGCUGUUCAUAGGUGUUUUAGUCACAAGGAUGAUGGUUUAUAUUAAAAAAAAAGCACUAAUGGAUGAUGAUUGCUUGUACUGUACAUGUGUAGUUUUUGAAAUCAUGAGUGUUACGUAUAAAUUAAAUAAAUGUAUUAAAUAAUGA